UGGUGUGUGCUGCGUACCAGUUUCUGUGGUGUAAAUUCUCCCAGCAUGGCAAUUGAGAAGGUUCUGGUGUAACCACUGCACUUGGGAGUUGUGUGAUGUGCAUAGUCUGCUCUGCCAAGCCAAGUCUAACGUGCUCCUGUGUGUCCUGUGCUUAGAGGGAGAGGGAAGUUUGAUGACUAGAUCAGGCCAGGCCCCUGGGGUCGGUGCCGAGAAGGCGACUUGAACCCUAAACACUAAUAAAGCCCAGGAGGACACAGGCAUCUACUUGGAAGCCAAGUGGCAUCAGCUGUUAACAUGAAUGUGACUUGGUACUGGUGUGAAAGACAGUGAAUUAAUAUGCGCCCUGGCGUGCAAAAGAAUGAACUAGUUCAUAUGCUGGACUGUGAAAUGUGUUGGCUCUGGCUAUGAAUAAUGACCGCCACCACCCUAGGCACAAGGUGACUUCAACAGACAGCUACAUCUUAUGGUCUGGACAUUGAAUACCAUGGUGCAGGCUAUGCUUGGGCAUCUGUGCAGUCCUUUGGCUGCUGCCCUGAGUCCCCCUAGGAUGCACCCUGCACGUGUGUACCCCAUUGCUGUGUCCUGAAGAGCCCAGUGAGUGACCACCAUACUGAAGACACUGAUAAGAGUGAAGGGCAGUGUCUAGGGGAAAAAAGGGGAAUUUUUCUGAGAGCCACAGGGUGACAUCACAGGUGGCUGGCUGGAGGCUUGUGUCCAUGGCCCUAGCUGCCCCACCCCCUGGGUGCACCUCUGCUAGCUGAGGGUGACACAACCCUGUUCCCUGUCACUCUGUUCCCGCUUAUCUCUCCCGCCUGUUCGGCGCCACUAUCUUCUUGGAAAUGAGUCAGGGCAAAGGGGAGGGGGUUCAGGCGUCCCCUCCUCCAACUGGUCCCAUAAAAAGGACUAGGACUGGGUCCCAGACACCAGGCAAGUCCUUAGACUGCACAACAGGACAGAACGCACGAUGGCACAGAGCGCUAAGAUCCAGGCUGCCUGUCUCCUGCUUCUCCUCGUCGCCAGCCUGGCCAGCAGCUCCUUUCUCCAGCAGCUGGCAAGACAGCCUGAAGCACUACAGCCUGGGCACAGGGCAGAAGGCAGGGCCGACAAGACGCUCCUAAUUCCAACGCGAACCAAGCGGGACACCUACUUCCCAGUCUGCGUCUUCUGCUGUCGAUGCUGUAACAAUCCUAGCUGUGGCAUCUGUUGCAAAACAUAGAGCCAUGUGUCCAGUUCUCUCAGCACCCCUAGCCUCCCUCUCAGCCCCCAUUUAUUUAU